UACAACAUGGCUGCCCUGUAAUGGUGAUGCAGAACGGGAGUUCUCUCCGUUCUGCUUGUAGACGCUCCGUUUUUAGCGUUUAGAUUAAGUUAUAUGCACUAAGGGAACAGCAAAACAACCGCGUAAAGAUGCCGGCGCUAAUCGAACGACCAAAGAUGAGCCUGCAGAUGUGGGCGGCCUUGAAGAGCCACAUCAUGCGCGAACGGGAAAGGAAAAAACAAGAGCAAGAAGCUGACGAAGCAAUCGAGCGGCUGCGUCGAGAACAAGAACUGAAGCGCAAACAAGAUGCCAUGACUUUGGAGGAAAUAAAAGACCAGGUCACGCAGUCAGAGAAGAAGCUCAAAGAGCUGAAGGACGAGAAGCAUCAGCUUUUCAUGCAACUCAAGAAAGUACUCCACGAAGACGACACUCGGCGUCGAGCGCUAGACAAAGAGGCCAGCGAAAUGGCCGCAGCCCAGGCUGCUGCGGCCAGUCAGGCCUACGCUAACCACCAGGCUCUUGGCAUCGUGGGAGGAGCAGGCCAAGCCCAGCCCCUCUACAUCCAGAGCCUAGGCCGCACGCCCGUCCUGUACAAGAUGACAAGCCCACAAUCUGGCAGUACCAUCAGGACCCAUCCAAGCUCGCUGAAGCGGCCUCACUCACCUUCGCCACCCCUUUCAUCACACUCCCAGGCCGGUUACCAGGCUCCCCAGUUUACAUACAAGGCGCAGGUCACUGCAUAUGGUUCCAAGCUUGUCCCAUAUCAGACAGUCGUGACCUCUGGAGCGCAGCAAACUCCAGUCUACUAUGCGGCUCACCACAUCCUUGCGGGCAGCGACACGGCCGCGUCACCUAUCUACAAUACAGCCACAUAUGCACCGCAGUUCACUACCCACUCCUCAACAGCAACAGAACUCACGUUGAAACAGCACGGAGUUGUAACGCCCACCUCGUCCUCGUCAUCACAGGGGCAAGGUUACACGCACAUCUCACAGCAGGCUUUCCAAAAGCAUCUGGAACACGGAAGCAGCAAGGGAGCCGCAUCGUCAUCGAGUAGCAGCUACAGUGACGACAAGUUUUACGUCCAGACGAAUGUGAUCCCUCGGGCUUCACAUUCCGGGUCACUCGUGACGGGGCAGCCGGUUGUGUCGGUGUCUCGCCAAGUGAAUGGUACAUUUGCAGGGCAGAGUGUUCAGCGUCACCAAUACACUAGUCAGUCGGGAACACGGUUUUACUGAAGCCACCAAAGCACACAGUUUGUUGUUCUUUUUGUUUUCUUUUGUUUUGUUUUUUUGUUUUUUUUUUACUUUGGUUGUUUGUUUCCUUCUUUAUGACCAUGUUUUAGAAUGUUUGCUUUGUUCCACGCUGUUUUCGAGCUGGCUAUAGCAGCAUCAAGUCAUACACAUCCCGGACUUUCUCUUUGCUCUCUCUCUCUCUCUUUUUUUGUAAUGAUAGCAGUAAUUUAAUGGUAUGGAUUGUUGAAAACUGUUCUGAAAACUGUAGCCGUGUGCAUGAUGCACAUGUUGUCAAUCCAUUCACUUCUUGUUGUUUUUGUUUCCAGGGGUGUGUCACAAGAGCCAUGCUAAUGUUGAGUGCCAUAUGAAUGGUUUUGCAUAAUCUCGUUAUUUUCAAUUUGCAAUCAUUAAUUAUUCAUUCCAUGCAGCACUCUUCAUGUAAUGGCAUUGGUCAGCAUUGAGAGCUUUCAGUUAAUACACAUUGGUGUAUAUAAAUGACAUGUGAAGUGAGCUUCUAUUAUGAUGAAUUCUCAAGCAUCAGAAUCUGAUUUUGCUGUUCACAUGGCUUGAGGUGAAUAGUUAUCCUUACUGUUUCCAAAAUGUUUCCUGUGAUGUCAUGAAGUAUGGCACAGCAGUCAAUUUAUGAGUGAAGAUGUUGUGCAUCCUGUCAUCUUGCGCAGCUGAAGCAACGUCUCAAGAUCUUCUCUUUUUCCAAUAUCAAAGUUAUCCACACCAUUGAUGUUAAGGACUCAACAACCUUGACAAGGACAUGCCUAGUAAGGACAGUUUUGUCAUCAGUUUCAAGGACUUCAUAUGAUUGCCACUAAGCACAUUGUUGUUACAUUCAUCUUGCAUCUGUUCAUUUUUUUUUUUUUUCCCAGGACCAACGUCAUUGAAACCAUUUGUUUUGUUGAUCUCCUAUAAUGAUGUCAGCAAUAGCCUUGUUUUCUUUGUUUUUCCAUGUGUGGUGAUUUGCUUCGCAUGCAAUAAAAGCAAACAUCGCACUGAAGCUAUAAACAGCUUUCCAUCGAUUGCAGCUAACAUGUCUUCUAUGCAGUCAUGCUUGUGUGUAUGAGCCUUGUCCCAAAGUUCCUUUAGCACUGAAUGUACCGUCGCAUUACCACUUGUGCAGUGUGCAGUGAUGUCCAGGACAUCCUCUCUUUAGCAACAUUGUGUUUGGCUCGGCAACGUACCUGCAUUCGCUUUGAUAGUGGUGCUCGGGAACUGCCGUGUUGCAGGCAAUGCCAAGUUGUCCAACCACCAAGUCAGUGCGUACAAUUAACUGUAGCCAACUGUUUAUGUAUUAUAUGCACGUCCCUGUGUCCUUUCUUCAAUACUUUUUCAUGGUAUGCAACUGCAGCCACUAAUAUUCAAGUCCAACCUCUCAUAUGCAAUGUGUGCAUGCACGACUUGCUGAUCUGUACUAAGCACUCCUCUAUGCAGAUGGUUCGUCGACUUGGGACAACCUUCUAAUUCACCUUUUUUGCAGCUACUUGCGUUACAGCCCAAAGUUACACCUGACACGUACCGAUCCCUAAGACGGUGUCAAGUCUGUGUAAUACACUGCACUUUGCAACAGCUUUAAUGUCAUAAUUAUCAUAUUUACUGACUGUAUUUGUACUGUUUACUCGUAUGUGGGAAAAAAACGCACACUGUAGGGUAUUGUUGGCGUGAUGGCAGGACUCUUCUCAGUAUUGCCUGAGCCUUGUGGUGAGCAAACUAGCAUACAGCUGAACCAUUGACGUCUACAGUUUGGUCCACUGUUAAGGCAAACGUGUAAGAGCAUUGUGUGAGCAAAUUCACCGCUACAAAUAUAGUCGGUGAUGGGUCAAAAAAACAGCGGCAGGUGUCCCUCAAAGGGAACAUGUACACAUGCACCAGCGAAUCACAUCGUCUAUAGAUGCCUUCUCCUUUGUAUCCUUGUCCUCUGCUUCACUUUCCUCAGACGCUUCUUUACCAAGAAGCUCCUCACCCUGCUGGGAGAUCCUUUACAUCCAUCAGGCAUAAGUGACUGCUCUGUGAAGCAAUCAAUCAGUCCAUUUAGCCUUUUCUGUUACAUCAAAACAUAUUGCUGGGAUAGUUGGUUCAUUAUGGCAGCAAACGGUGCCGAGAACACGAGAGGCAAGCAAAGAAUCGUCUCGGUCUUCUUGCUUUUCCCUCAAGUACUCUGGCACCGUUUGCGGCCUGUCCAGAUACAUGCCAGUAGUGCACAAACAAGGGUAAGGGGUGUUGGAGAGGAGGUACUUUGUCUACAAGGCCAGUGUUUCUCCUAAUCCCCUUUUUCAAACAACCCAUGUGUGCGGUGGACUGUCUUCUCCGUUCCUGUACUUGUACAUUUUGGCUGUUUGGGCAUGUGCUGCGUGACCAUGAUGUACUCAUUGUUGCUCAACAGCUAGGGCUCCUCCCCUUCGUGUCAGGGAACUAUUUCUUAAAGUGCAGAGAGAUAGACAACAGGUGCAUCACGGUUUCCUGGGACAAACUCUCCUGCAUUCUUGACUUGUCACUGACAAUAGUUUGGAAAUGUCUUAUCUGUACAGCAAACAAAUUCUGGCUGGUUUACCUGGUUUUCUGGGGGCAUCGCCUGCUUAGUGUGCUGACACUGAUUCUGCUGGCAGCCGCAGUGCCUCCAGAGUGCGACACAUCUGCUUGCAUGUUCCACUUAACAGUGUACCACACUGUACGUACUAGUAAGCCCGCGUUCAGCCUGUGAGAAAAAAAAGGUUGAAAUGGUGCUUACAGCCUCUUGAGGUUUGUACACAUUGGAACGAUUUCUUGACUCACUUUGUGUGUGUGUUCUUCAGCCUGCCAUGUGUUGUACGGUACCAAGUGCGAGCUCUAAUGUUUGACCAUGUCUUGACCAUUUCUCGAAGUGUGCAUUUUUUAAAAUCUUUUUUCAGAAUCCAACCUUCGCCUCUUUUUAGUCGAAGCUUUACAAUGUGUGCUUUUCGAUGUUGUGCCGACCUUUGUUUACCUACUUGUUUUUUAACAUGUUCAUUGCUUACAACAUGAACAUAUAUAUACAUAUGCUUCUGCUGUUACAAAAGUGGCAACAGAGUAGCUUUGAACAGCUUCAGCUGUUUGAGGGCACAAGAGCGCUGCAAACAGGUCAGAGUACUUGGGAAUGUCAACCAAUCAAUAAUAUUGAAGUCACUAUCAGUGUUCUAACAGUGUCUAUAAACUGGUAGAAAGUAUUGCUAAAUUAUUUCCUAUUGUUUCUUGUCUCCGCUCCUCUCUCCAAACUUUUUUUUUUUUUUUGGUCCCUUGUGCUCAUUAAAGGGCAAACCAGAAUCCCUUGGUCAGCUUUCAGUUCUGAUGCACCUACCAACUUUUCAAGUUUGGUUGUUCUAAGGGCUCUGACCACAUAUAAGCAUAUCCUGGGUUUUCCAAGCCUGUCUGCAGUACUCUGUUACCUCCCUCGCUAGCACUUCAUUUGCAGUAGGUUCCUGCCUCAUGUGACAUUGUGUACAAAGGUGUGCCAUUUGUGGACGUAUUUCCACUGUAAUUAUUAUGCAGCAGUCGUGUCAUCUUUCUCGCGUGGCUGUACAUUUUUUUAUGCAACUCCCCCACACAGCAGCACUGUCUGUGCGUCACAAAGAGCAAAAUAUCUAUUUGGAGACUCGCCGACUAGCACAACUGUAAGCAGGAAGCCAGCAAAUGUUGCUAGAAGAGAAAAAGGCACACAAGAACAGAGCCUUCUGUAUGUGGAUAGUACGCAACCAUUGGUAUAUGCUCCACUAUAAGCAGGAGGCCAGGAAAUGUUCCUAGAAGAGAAAAAGGCACACAAGAACAGAGCCUUCUGUAUGUGGAUAGUACGCAGCCAUUGGUAUAUGCUCCACUAUGAGGAGCAGCCUCAAUCUUUUCAACACAGUCGAACCUCGUUCUAACGAAGUCUCAUCGGACACAACCUUCUUUAUAUUCUAUAUUCAUUGUAAGCACAUGUUCGUCUAGUGCCAAGAUUGUUGAGAAAAAUUUGACUCGCUCUGCUAUAUCCGUGUUUGUUAUAUUGAGGUUCGACUGCACAGUUAAAUCAAAAAGCUGGAAAAAAAAACUGCAUCUAUCGAGCUUCUUAGCAACAGUGAGAUGGCCGUGUUAGGAAUUUCGGCUUGGCUGUAGAAGCCAACAAAAACUUUGACAAAGAAGCAAGGAACCAGUAGAUCAUUGGAGACACUGCUGCAAAGAGCGCUGUUUAGGUCUGUUCUCAGCCAAGGCAAACAAAUUCCAGCCUGCAAUUUGCACCGUUGCACUGCCUUUCAGCCAAUAAUAAUAAUAAUCAAUGUAUCACAGCUCUUAACUUGUGCACAGAUUGCGACAGGUGCAAGGGUUCGGUGGUGCAUUUGCGCAUACUCUAUGACUGGAACGACUUAUUAAAUAACUGUAACCGUUCUCAUACUUGCAAUGUCAUGUUCAGCACUGUAUGCCUUUUGCCCCCUCCCACUGGCAGUACUCUCACUAUACUGAAGGCUCUGGAAGAGAAAAUCCUUAAAGCAACAUCUGGUGGCAUGAAAUUCAAGCUUCCUGCAUGAAGCUUCAUUUGCGUAGCAACCAGGAUACUGUAAAGUUCUCAACCACCUGGUGACCCUAGCAUGAUACAGGUGCAGACACACCUGCAGCGUGUGACACCUUGCAGUCACACUGAUGAAGCCAGUUUCUCCGAUUAAAUAUUUCUCACUCCUUUCCCAGCACCAUACUUGCCAGCCGGUACAGCUGCUAGCAGUUUGUUUACAACUUUUUGCCAUAAAUCUUUCUGUACACUAUCGAAAAAAACCUAUUCAGAGCCCUAUAUAUCUAUACAAUAUAUAAAAAUAUAUAUACACAUAUAUAUAUAUACACAUAUGUAUACAAGAUUUUAGCGUGGAGCAUUUUGCCAAAGGAAAGCUGUGUCAUUUUUUUAUAAUUUCUAUCUUCUCCACUCUUUCCUGCCCAGUUAUGUUUUUGUUGUAUAUUUACAUUGCAACAAUAAAGGGAGCCAAGCGAUUGUCUCAA